CUCGACCUUCAGAGGGGACGAUGUCCGAGUUCCUGACGGACACGAGAGAAUUGUUGGACAUCACACGCGGUGUCUGAAAUUUUUUUUGUGCUUAGCCCGGAGGACGGGCAACAACACGACAUCGGCAGCGCCCACGCAAGAAUACUUUUCUAGACCGCGCACGACUCAUGAAGUACUGGAUUCGGUGGAAUUCUACGCAAAGAAGAUGUGCAAGGCGUUGAUUUCAGUUCUAUACAACAGAUCCAUAUUUCUUUUCUAUGACUGAAUAUAAAUUGGUAAUUGUCGGUGGCGGUGGCGUGGGGAAGUCGGCCCUGACCAUACAGCUGAUUCAAAAUCAUUUCGUCGAUGAGUAUGAUCCAACUAUCGAGGACAGCUACCGCAAACAAGUAACAAUCGACGAUGAAACCUGUCUCUUAGAUAUACUCGAUACGGCAGGACAAGAAGAAUAUAGUGCUAUGCGCGACCAAUAUAUGCGUACCGGUCAGGGCUUCAUUUUGACCUACGCCAUCACCUCCAGGGCAUCUUUUGAUGAAAUAAGUGUCUUUAGAGAACAAAUCUGUCGAGUAAAGGAUGUAGACAAUGUGCCCAUCGUCAUUGUGGGGAACAAAUGCGAUUUGGAGCAAGAUCGACAAAUAUCCAAUGCAGAAGGAAUGGAACUCGCUAAGUCUUGGUCCGCGCCCUUUUUUGAAACGUCCGCAAAAAACAGAAUCAAUGUAGAGGAAGCGUUCUUCGAACUAGUCCGUGAAAUUCGAAGAUCAGAUAUGGGUGUUCGCGCCAAAGUCAGCACCAAGAGAGGCAGUGGCAACGUCAUUAAAAAAUGUGCUCUCUUCUAAAAAACCCUUAAAAUAAAGA